GAAAGCAGGAAACUGUACUUUACUGUGACGCUGUUGUAUCUGCUAAGGGCUGUGCUGCUCACCUGUCAGGAUCCACAUUUCAAACUGAUCUACUGGAAGUAACUCUGAAAGGCAGAAUUCGGUUCAAGUGUAGGAACAUGACCUUCCAGUUUCUGCCCUGAACCUGAAGGAAGGACAUUGUACUCCAGGAGGUUCCACCCAUGUGUGUCCUUGAUCUGCUGGUUUAACUAGAUCAAUGGGAGUUUAGCCAGAACAAGGUUUUCCUGCAUUCCUGCCAUCCAGGUGAAUGCUGAGUAAAAUGACGCAGCCAAUCAGGGAGCCUCUCCAGAGAAGGAAGUCACUUGGGCCCAUGUCUCCAAAUGCUGCCAAGAGACUGUACCGCAACCUGUCUUUCAGGUUAAAGGGCGGCUCCAGCUCAGACGAGAACUGCCUCAUCAAAAAAAUAGAGAAAGAAAGAAGCAAGAAAUCUUCAUCCCUGAAUAUUCAGUAUGAUUCAAUCUUUGAUGCUGUGGAACACGAAGACCUUGAAGCAGUUCAACGGAUACUGGACCAGCCAGGCACACAGGACGAUCUGAAUGAGGUUACCAGCACUGGACUGGUUCCUCUGGAUAUCGCUGUCCUGACAAACAACAUCUCAAUGGCGAGCCUCUUAAUGAAUGCUGGAGCCAGGGAUAACCAUCACUUCAAUGAAGGAAACUGGGAUAUGCACCUGGCCACAUUAGUGAGCAAAGCGGGACAGAAAGUUACAGAACUGUUGGAACACAGGACUGAAGCUUCAGAGGCUGAUUUAUUCCAAAGUAAGAACAGGGAACUUCGGACUUGGAAGUUCAGACAGAAGCUGUAUAAGCAGAUGAAAGCUGCUUUUGAGAAUGCGUGUGUCCCUGAUUCUCCAGAGAAAGUGUAUUUGUCAGUAACUGGCAGUACAUCCCUUCGAGUCACAUUCCAGGAACCAGCAAGGAACAGCACCUUGAUAAUCACCCGAUAUAAAGUGGAGUGGAGUUACUCCGAAACCUUUGAAUCCAGAGUUGGAUCUGCUAUUGUCGAGGAUCUGAAGAUGCUGCAGUACGCAAUGGAAGGCCUCGACACGGGAGCUCUUUACUACGUGCGUGUUUCAGCUUACAACGUGAAAGGCUGGGGACCAUCAAAGGUAUCAACUCCUCCCUGUGCUACUCCAUCCAGUUGGAAGGAGUGCAGUGAAGUUAAGCUGAGGAAGAAGGACCAAAGCCAAGCGGUGCAGCAGCUUCUGGACCAGGUCAAGGCUCCACGGCAUCGUAGCUUCUUCUUGGAAACAUGCACAGUUCACACACCCAGCAAGAAGCUCUCGGUCUCCCGCAGCCUCAAGUACCUCUUCCAAAACACAAGCAAGUUUGUCAAGACCCUGCAGAGGGGUGUGUAUUUAGCUGCCAUUUUUUUCUACAAGGAAAACAUUCUGGUCACGAAUGAGGAUCAAAUCCCCACCGUUGAGAUUGACAGUUCCUGUUCUGGCUCCGACAUGCAGGAACUCCUCUGGUUCUCGAAGCUCUCCUGUAUGUGGAAGGACAUCCAGUGGCUGCAGCAGGGAUUGAAUUCUGCACUCUCCUCCUCCUCCUCAGUGCUACAGACCAGGCAGAAGAUGUUAUUAGCAGUGUCCCAACUCCAGGGUGCUCUGGGAACACAGGAUCUAGGCCAGGUGCACUUUGAACCAAUCAAGGACAAACUUGGCAAUGUUUUGAUCCUAACUAUCAAGGAGCUGCGUCCAUCACAGGUGCUGGAGAACGUACGAUGGAUUGCACUUUCAAAGCUUCAUAGCUAUCGGAAAUCUGUCUCUGCUUUUGAGAGCUUCACUGCCCUGGACCUGCUCGUCAUGACUCUGAAGGACAAACUGGACUAUCACCUGAGAAUCAACCAGACCUUACCUCCAGGCCUCUACCUCGGUUACCUAAAACUCUGCAGCUCUGUGGAUCAGAUUAAAGUCCUCGUCCCUUACAGGGUGCCCAACAUUCUCUGUCACACCAAGAUUCGGGACAACAAAAAUGUAUCCAGGGAGGAGUGGGAGUGGUUACGAAAUGUGUCAUCUCUGACGGAUUCCAUCGCCACAGAGGAAAACGCGGGGCGCUCAGUGUGCUCUUUCCUAGAUGGCCUACGUACAGCUGUGAAAAGCCUCCUCCAGCAACUGGACAUGCCCCUUGGUCAGGCUGUGGAUUUGCGUCUGUACACACAGGAAGUGCUGGAGUUUGGAGAGACCGUCUCCUUCCUUUUAUUGCUGCCUCCCUCAGAUGAUGUGUGCUCAGCCCCAGGACAGGAUGGACAUCCCUCUGGGUUUCUUACCCUGCCACUUCAGAUCUUUGAGCUUGUGCAUUUCUCCACCUAUGAGCAGGAGCUCUUCACAAAGUACUGCCAGACUUCAAUUCUAUUGGAACUUGACUCAUUGCUAUCCCAACAAGCUUUGAGGGAAGCUAUAGAUAACACUGAAUUGAUUGAAGCAAAGGAGAAACACGGCCAAGUUACAGACCUCAUUCAGCAAUUAGAUGAUAUUUGGAGGGAGGUUCGUUGGAUUACAGAUGUUCUGCAAUACGCUCGGUACAGACAGCCUCCCACUGGGACACCUCUAUGCUGGAUCCUGGAAAUGUCAACCAUUGUGGGGGUAAACGAGAAACCAGAACCAGUCACAGAUCACCUGAAUUCCACUGUCUGUUCUCCCGGUUAUGACAGGAAGAAGCAACCUUCAGAAAUCACAGAUGAAGAUGAUGUUUUCUGGCCGCUGGAGAGAGACUGCGAUUCAGAACUCACCCUGACCUCCAAUCAGCUGGAUUUGGUGGGCCCCCAGGGCAGUGAGCACCACGACUCCGGGACAAGCACUGUAAUGGACACAGACAGUCAAAACCCACGGCAGCACUUUGCUUUCCACAGGGAGCAACACAGCCACAAGGGAGCUUACAAAGAGUUCCACCGGACUGGGAGCCUGGAAUUUACAGAGCGGACACAGAAGGAAGGCAGUCCCUACAAAUUCUGGUCACAGCCAGGAUCAAUGGAAGAAGGCACAGAGGAGUCUGAUCGUGACGGGUCCUACAGCUUCAGCAGUGAGAUUGUCCAACACAUCAGUCUACCUGAAUGCAGUUUGGUUGAGUGGAUCAAGACCUCACAGGGGACUUAAGAAUCCUGUUACCUUGGACUAACCACUCUGAUGUAAAAUAUUGAAAGCUCUGAUUAAAGAGUCAUAGAGUA